GGCUAUAGCUCACCUGUUAUUCCAGAGCUGAGGAAAAUCGACGAUCCUAAAUUAAGAUUGGACAGCAAUCAAGCCACGUGGUUUGGGUAGUAACAUUAGGAGCUGCUGCUGGAGGAAUACUAGGAGGCUACCUUGUGGAUAAAGUUGGGAGAAAGCUGAGUCUAAUGCUGUGCUCACUACCGUAUGUUUUUGGAUAUGUAGUUAUUAUAUCUGCUCAGAAUGUUUGGAUGCUUUAUUUUGGACGAAUGCUGACAGGCUUAGCUAGUGGAAUUACUUCACUUGUUGUUCCGGUCUAUAUAUCUGAAAUAUCUCAUUCUAAAGUCCGUGGUAUGCUUGGCUCUUGUGUUCAGUUGAUGGUGGUGACUGGCAUACUGGGAGCCUACGUUGCAGGAACAACACUAAAAUGGCGCUGGCUGGCAGUGUUCUGUUCUUUUCCAUCCUGCAUAAUGCUAUUGUUCAUGUCCUUCAUGCCUGAAACACCAAGAUUUCUGCUGAAUCAGAACAAACGCUUAGAAGCCAUAGCUGCUUUGCGCUUUCUGCGGGGACCACACGUGGACCAUGAAUGGGAAUGUAGGCAGAUUGAAGCUAGUGUUCAGAAAGAGGGACUGAAUAUCUCUGAAUUUAAGAACCCCUCAAUCUACAGGCCACUUCUUAUUGGGGUGGCUCUAAUGUUCUUCCAGCAAGUAACAGGCAUUAAUGCAGUUAUGUUUUAUGCAGAAACUAUCUUUGAAGAUGCAAACUUCAAGGACAGCAGAAUGGCUUCAGUGGUUGUGGGUUCCAUACAAGUAUGGUUCACUGCUGUGGCUGCACUUAUCAUAGAUAAAACUGGACGAAAAUUGCUGCUUUACAUAUCUGGGAUAAUCAUGGCUCUCAGUACUGCGUUGUUUGGGCUUUACUUUAAAAUGGUCCUUCCAAAUCGAAACAACUCAUCAAAUCAUGAUGUAUGCUUCACUCUAAAUUCAGCAUCCCCAGGAACAGAAAGCAGCAUAUCCUGGCUUGCAGUAGUGAGCCUAGGGCUCUUUGUUGCCGGUUUUGCCCUUGGCUGGGGUCCUGUUCCGUGGCUGGUGAUAUCUGAAAUCUUCCCACUUAAAGCUAGAGGCAUAUCAAGUGCUGCUUGUGUGUUAACAAACUGGGUUAUGGCCUUCUUGGUAACAAAAGAAUUUCAUGAUUUAAUAGGUUUCUUAACAUCCUAUGGCACGUUCUGGCUCUUCUCUGCCUUCUGCUGCAUCAAUGUAACUUUUACAGCCUUUUAUGUUCCUGAAACAAAAGGACAGACCCUGGAACAAAUUGAGGCCUACUUCAGAAGACCUUAAGCCUAAGGCUUUUUAUACUGAUAUGAAACAUUCCUAUAAACAGUUACGGUGCUAUGGUUGAAACUAACUGCAUCAUGUGUCAGACAUCUCAGUUACUGAAUUUGCUAUCGAUUGCUAUUGAAUUGUUUUAAUGAAUUUUUUGAAAUCUGAAUUCUGUGGGUUUUGUUUUUUUGUUGUUUUUUUUUUUUUAAAAAAAACCACUGUGGGGCUCUGUAUACACUUCUACAUAGUCUCUGUAGUUAAUACCCCUUGUGCAGGUCUUGGACAUAAUGUUGUUCUUUGAUUCCUGUCUUCUUUUCACCUGACUGAGACUGACUGUAAUGGCCAAAUAAGAACGUUAAAUGUAUUGGCUGGUAUCUUUUUAUUCUAAGAUGUAAAUUAAGCUCUAAAUUUAUAAAUAAAUAAAUUUCCUUGUUCCACUUUACCUAUCCCUAUGGCAGCAUGUUACAGUGAAGAAAUGAAAGAUGUAGCCUGGCUAAUAUUAAUUUCAGAGUGCAGUACUUUGUAUUGCUGCUACUCUUUCUGGGAUGCCUGACCAUGGAAUAAGUCUUGGUCCCAACUGGAGGCUAAUGCUUGGCUUUUAUGGGUCUUAACCUUAAGCUGGUGUUGUUAUUUUUUUUCCUAUUGAUGUCAAGUUAGCUAGGAAUGCAUUUAAAUUACAAGAAGGGUUACAGCUCUUAAGAGGAUGUAUUUUAGAGUUCAGGAAAGAGCAUUUCUUUUUCAGAAGGAAUUACAAGGUCUUGGAGAGAGUGAGAAUAUACUCUUAAAUUGAAAAGGAAAAAAAUUAUCUGUUGCAGGGUUAAGGGGUAAAGAUCUCCAACUCGAGCAAGUCUCUGAAAGUCUAAAAGAUGCCUGGAAACACAAACCAAUGCUGGAUUAUAGUUUUUAUCAAAGAUGGGUAAUGCUUAAAACAUAAAUGCCAAUCUCAUGGAUAUGAUACAUCACUUAAAUAAAAGAUGCCUCUAAAA